AUGCGUGAACGUAUUCAAAUGACAAGUUCUAACCAUAAUCAUGAUUGGUUUUCUAUGCCAAUUACACCACUUAAUAAUCUAUAUUCAUCUUUACUUCUUCCACUUGUAUUUGCUAAAUUACGUACGGCAACAAUAAUUAUUGAUUAUGCAUAUCGUUCAUUUAAUGAAAGUCCAACAAUGAAUGAUUUAUUUGAAAAUGCCCAAAUACUUUUUCGUCAAUGUUUAACACUUAAUCAAUUAAUAGUCGAACGUUAUGUUAAUAUUGAUUAUGAAUGUCUUUUACAUUUAGCUCGUAUAAAUCGUUUACAAAAACGUACUACAUUAACAACAACAGCAGCAUCAAUAAUGCCAUUAAAAACAAUUGUACAACAAUUAUUAGAUGCUAUACGUCUUUGUUAUUUAAGUACAAAUGAUAGUCAAUUUAUUCAAACAUGUUAUUUUGAAUUAGCUAUUGUUUUACUUGAAUAUACACAAAUAUCAAGUGUAAAAGGAAGAAAAUCAUCAGCAAAAUCAUUACCAGUCAUUGAGUCAAGUGAACAACCAUCAACACCAUCAACAACUGAUCGACCAUCAAUAUUAAAACAACGACAAACAAAUGUACGUUCAAGUAUGGGUGUUGUUAGUGAUAGUGCACGACGUCAACAACAACAACAAUUAAAACAAGCAGCAGCUGUUGCUAUACGUGCAGCAACACAAUUAGCACUUAGUCAAAAAAAACGAGUACAAUUACCUGGUCUAGCUGAGGAAUUUUCUGAUACUAAUGAAUUACAUUGGCCACUAUAUAUAGCAGGUGAUAUAAUUGGUUAUUUUGUAUUUCCGGAACGUCGACGUGUUUAUAGAAGUGAAGCUGAACGAGAAAUUCUUACAUUAGCUCCACAUUUUGAAACAAAAAGUUUACCAGAAACAUUUGAUUCAAAACUUGAUCGUCUAAAUAUAGCUGCAACACAAGAUAUAACAUGGUUAAAUCUUUUAAAUUAUCAAAAUGCUGUUGCUAAACGUAUUGAUAAUCGUCAAUUACUUUCACUUGAUUGUGAUGCUGUUGGUCGUUCAAAUCUUUUCUUUUUACAUGUUUUUCCCCGUUUUAUUGGUGUUACACAAACAUUACAAUCCUUAUCACAUUAUUCAUCACAAUGUGUUGCUAUAUAUCCAUCAGAAAUUUAUACUCAACAUGUUUUACAAAUAACAUCAUUAUCAACAGAUAAAUUACCACAACGAGCAUCAAUAUCAUCAGCACGUACAUUACGUAGUGCACAAACAAGUGCAAGUGGAAUGAAUUUAAUUAAUGAUGAUGAUCUUGGGCAAUGUCCAAAUAUUAAUUUAAAUAUGAUUAAACGAGAAUUACCAGAUUAUCAACCAACAGCUAGUUUUAGUUUAGCAUGGUAUUCUUCGAAUACAUUACGAAUAAAUACAACAAAAAUACAAAAUCAACAAUUAUCACCUAUAUAUGGUUUUUAUACAACAGCUAAAGAUGAUGUUAUUAAUGUGGUUUCAAUAUCAUUAGAUCAACUACUUAAUAUAUAUAAAAAAUAUUUGCCUAUUGCUCAAGUUGCCGAAACUGAUCCAAAACAAAUUAAUCAAAGUCAAAUACAUUCGAUUUUACAAGAAUUAUUUAAUCUUUUAACUGGAGAAGUAACAGUGAAAGCAACUAAUGAUGAUGAAACUCUACCAAAAAUAAUACCUCGUUUAACUGAUUCAAAAGCAUAUGUUGAACUUGAAUGUUUUCUUAAUGCAAAAUUUGGAGCACAAACAAGUAAUACAAAUCUUCGUGAUUGGUUUAUUAAUACAUUAAAACAAUCUUCAAAUACACUUUUGUCAACUCAGGAUUAA